CAACUUACUAGCGUGCUAAACCCUGGCAAAACAAGUCUGAACUCAUCGGUCCCUCAUUUGUUUUGGAUAUAUCCAUAACUAUUUAUUCAGUAGUAUAUGUUCUACCUGAAACAUGGCCGUCAAGGUUCAUCGAUGGAUCACUACCAGUGCUAAUGUGCUCUGGCUAUGUGACAUCAAAUUUACCAACAGACGACACUAACUUUCCUGGCUUUUCAUUCUGGUUUUCAAAAACCGGACCAGCAGUCACAUAUAAAAGGCGAGGCUGUAUUCUUUAUUUUUCUAUCCUUACCCUUGGACACUUGUGUUUGAGAUGUUGUCCUCCGCCUUCCUUACGAUCGCUUUGGCUGUUGCAGCUUUUGCACAUCCUGCGAGACAACUCUCUGCAAAGGUAAUCACCUCUUGUUCAGUUCCGAAUACGGCGGCCCUCACAUUUGACGAUGGACCUUGGAAAUAUUCGGAACAAAUUGUCGAUACCCUUGAUGCAAGAGGAAUCAAAGCCACCUUCUUUGUUAAUGGAGAUAACUACGGUUGUAUAUAUGGCGACGCUCAAGCACAAGCGCUUAAGAAUGCAUACUCUAAGGGUCAUCAGAUUGCUUCUCACACUUGGGCGCAUAAAGACUUAGCUACCCUAUCUCGCGACGAAGUCGAUAGUGAAUUCACCGGCGUCGAUAAGGCUCUGGAGUCAAUACUCGGAGUCAAGGUCGCAUUUGUGAGACCUCCAUUCGGUAGCUACUCAGCCGACGUGUUGCAGGUCGCUGCUGAGCACGGUCAAAACGUGAUUAUUUGGGAUUUCGAUUCUGGCGAUGGUAGCGGGGUAUCUCCUGCCCGUAGCAAAUCAAGAUACGACAAACUUGUGGCGUCACAUCCUAACACUAUUUUAGCCCUGAAUCAUGAAACUUACGUGACUACUGCGACCACCGUUCUCCCACAUGCCAUUGAGGAGUUGCAAGAUGCAGGCUAUGAACUCGUCACCGUUGCUGACUGUCUUGGCCUGUCUCCAUACUUGAGCGUCGGAAACGCUGGUACCAAUGAUGUAUGUCUUUGAUCUGGAUCGUUCUCAGUUGACUGCUAAUUCUUGGCGGAAAGGAUUCAUGGACCUGUUGA